AAAAGAUUUCCUAACUUAGUCACAGCGGCGGCACAGGCACUGCGGAGCUCGUCUUAAACGCACUUUUAGCUGUUUUUUUAAGAAAGUUUUACGAUUAUUUUAAACAACAGAAGUUGUGUUUUAGAAGUAAGGAACAAACAGGAGGAGGUUAAAGGCGGACAAUGGGUAAAAAACAGGAGGAAACCCCGGACUCUGAGUAUGGAGAACCUGCUCAGUUUGACCCAUCAUUCAAGGGACCCAUGAAGAAAAGAGGAUGCACUGAUAUAAUCUGCUGUAUCCUGUUUAUGGCAGUCAUCCUUGGCUACAUAGCAGUCGGGAUUUUAGCUUGGCUAUUUGGAGAUCCAAGACAUGUUCUUUAUCCAAGAAACUCAACUGGAUGGUUCUGUGGCAUCGGACCAAAUGAAGGCCGACCCAACCUGCUCUAUAUGGACAUUCUUAAAUGUGUCACAUCAAUUAACGUUAUGGCGACUGCUCUUAAUGGUUUACAGUGUCCAACCACACAGGUGUGUGUGGAAAACUGUCCCACUGAGUUCUGGGCUGUGGGAGUACAGGCAUAUUUUCAAAAGCCGGCAGAGGUUUUCAAUCAAAGCCUCUGUGUUCCAUCCUUAGACCUGGCAAAAACUGAUCUGAGUGUUAAAGACAUUGUGGACAAGGAGCUGUGUCCUUUCUUCUCCGCGCCCACAACCUCCGUGCUGGGGAGAUGCUUGCCUGAUAUCUUGAAACUGGACAAGAUCCCUUCAGAGUUUGCCAAUAUUCCAGGCUUACCCUCCUCAGUCAGUGACACAGUCGGCCUAAUCAAGAACGGCACUGGAGAUAUUGUGAAUGGCUUCAAUGCCAGAGAGAUUGGUACACGAAUCUUUGAGGAUUUUGCGUCGUCAUGGCCAUGGAUCCUCCUAGGUUUGCUAAUAGCCAUGGUGGUCAGUCUGCUGUUCCUGCUGCUGUUGAGAUUCACUGCUCCAAUCAUGGUGUGGGUGCUCAUCAUAGGAGUCCUGGGUGCUGGGGCAUAUGGUAUAUGGCAUUGCUACUGGGAGUAUGAUAACUACAAGCAGCAGUCUGCCUCCAUCACUGACAUUGGUUUCACCACCAACUUCAAGGUUUACCUGCAAGUCCAAGAGACCUGGCUGGCCUUCUUGAUAAUUAUAUCUGUGGCAGAGGCGAUCAUUCUCCUAACCAUCAUCUUCCUGCGGACCAGAAUCCUCAUAGCCAUCGCCCUCAUCCAGGAGUCCAGCAAGGCAAUCAGUCACAUGAUGUCCUCUCUGCUGUACCCUCUGAUCACCUUUGUUCUCCUGGUGGUGUGUGUUGCUUACUGGGGCGCCACUGCUUUAUAUUUGGCUACCUCGGGAGGCCCAAUCUACAAAGUGGUGGCUCUCAACUCCACUAUGGACGGCUGUGGGACUGUCAAUGGCACUGUGGACUGUGACCCUCAGAACUUCACCUCAUCAGAUUACCCAGGCUGCCCCUCAGCCAGCUGCAUCUUCAUCAAAUACAACGACGAGGGUUUCUUCCAGAGGAACCUCUUCAACCUGCAGAUCUACAACGUUGUGGCUUUUCUCUGGUGUGUCAACUUCGUCAUCGCCUUGGGCCAGUGUACGCUGGCAGGGGCCUUUGCCUCUUACUACUGGGCCUUCACCAAACCAGAUGAUAUCCCCAUGUUCCCCCUGUCUACUAGCUUCAUACGCGCACUCAGGUACCAUGUGGGCUCCUUGGCAUUUGGUGCUUUGAUCCUGACCCUGGUGCAGCUAGUGAGGAUCAUUCUGGAGUACAUUGACCACAAAACAAGAGCGGCGCAGAAUGCAUGUGCACGUUUCAUAUUGUGCUGCAUGAAGUGCUGCCUCUGGUGUCUGGAGAAGUUCAUCAAGUUCCUCAACAGGAACGCUUACAUCAUGAUUGCCAUUUAUGGGAAAAACUUCUGCGUCUCAGCCAAAAAUGCUUUCAUGCUGCUCAUGAGAAAUGUAGUGAGGGUCGUGGUGCUCGAUAAAGUGACAGACCUGCUGUUGUUCUUUGGAAAGCUCCUGGUGGUCGCAGGAGUAGGCGUAUUGUCCUUCUUCUUCUUCUCUGGACGAAUAUUGCUACCAGGCAACACCUUCCACUCUGAAACCCUCAACUACUACUGGAUGCCAAUUAUUACGGUGGUGUUUGGUAGCUACCUCAUAGCUCAUGGAUUCUUCAGUGUGUACAACAUGUGUGUCGAUACACUCUUCCUCUGCUUCUUGGAGGACCUGGAGCGCAACGAUGGAUCUCUACAGAAGCCGUACUAUAUGUCCAAAAACCUCAUGAAGAUCCUCAACAAAUCCAACAAAAAAGUACCAAAAAAGGUUAAAGGGAAAGACUGAAGAUCCUGAGUUCAUGAAACUGCACAAACAUGGUGUCACAAAUUUUCAGGUUAUCUUUAUUUGCAUCUUUUAAACUUUUAACACUCCAUCUUUCUCCAAAAAAAGUUUACCAAAGCUAAUUUGCUGAUUUUGCACUUCUUAAUGCAUUUUUUAAAAAUUGUAUAUAUAUAUAUGUAGUAUUAAUAACUGUACAAGUGAAAGAAUUGAGCAUAUCAAUGCGUGUAAUGUGAAAUUUCUAUCCUACAUAUUUCUUAAGAUGUGAUUUCAGAUGGAACAAAAGAAUUGCAACAAAAAGUACAAAAAAAAAGUUCUUACACAAUAUAUAUAUAUUUUAAGAUAUUUGUAAAAAAUUAUAAACACAAAACAUCUUUAUGACCACAAUGUUACUGAUUAUAUUGAAAAUACUGUAAUAAAGUUGUAAAUAUGACUG